AUGGCGGAGGAACCAACACUUCCGCGACUUCCCGCUGUGUCGUGGGACCAGCAAACGGAAACUAUUAGCACCCGCACAAGGAAGCGGGCGAGGUUAGAUGGGCCCGGUGCACCACCUUUAGCCACUACCUCAAGUGAUCCAGCCUUUUUCUCGAGUGACGAUGAUCCUUCCAUUGAGAACUACACACGGGUGCGGAGGAAGAAAAGGCUCGUUGGGUCCUGGUACGAGCAGCAACCGGCAGCCUCUUCAGACUCGUGCUUCGGAGAAGACGCACUCCCUCCGCCAAAGCCAAACAGAAAAUUCGUCCGCCACUUCGAUAGUGGUGUGUGGAUGGCGGAGGCCAGUGACGACGCCCCCAGUGAAGCUGAAGUCUUGACAUUGGUGAACCAUGAGGUUCCGCCGAAAGCUAGGCUGCCCCAGCUCGUCCGCCAGAUUGGGCCCAAGCUUUCGGAGGCCGAAACAAUUGCGAGGAAGACCAUUCAAACAUGCAUUGAUGAGGGCGUAGAGAUCAUCGAUCUUUCUGACCGUCACCUGCCAUGUCUGUCGAAUGAUACGAUUGCCCCCAUCGCCACUCUUGCGCCCAUUCCCGUAGUCACCCAAGAUGUCCCCUUUGAACCAAAGGACCCCAGUAUCAAACUUUUCCUUGCCAAUAAUCGUCUGGUGAAGCUUCCUGGCGCCAUCUUCGACCUUGAGAAUCUCACACUUCUUAGCCUGAGGGGGAACCGCAUCACGGAGCUGCCCGACUCCAUUGGCAACCUCCGGAAUCUGAGGGAGCUCAAUGUAUCCCAGAAUCAGCUCAAGUUCCUGCCAAGCUCGCUGCUUAAUCUUCUAGGCCCCGGAUCCAGCAUGACUGCACUCAGCGUCCAGCUCAACCCUCUACUCCAGCUCGAUUCAUCUUUCAUCGCCACUGCUCGGGAAAUCGAUGACGCAAUUGAUAGCACCCGCGUAUCCGCCAUCACAGCAUUCUUCGUCGCCCGGUCGCGUGUACAAUAUGGCGCCAGUAACGGCAAGCGCACCGAGUUUGACUUGGCCGUGCCGAUCCAGGCCACCGCAAAUACAGAACCUCAGGACUCGAGCUCUUGUGAUGAUAGCUGCCGCGUUCCAAGCUAUCUCCCAAAUGAUUCGUUUGAGAAACGUCUUGCCAUUCUUCAACGUUGGGUGCUCAAUGGCCUGUACCCCCGAAAUAUCAAGGUUGGGACAACUCUUGAAGAACUACGGGCGAGUGAUGGAAAGAAGGGUUGA